AUGAUGUUCAGCAGUCUUCCGGCGGCCCAAACGGGCGAACGUGGCCAGGACAUGCAGUCACCGGUGAGCUCACCGGAGCUCAUCGAUCCUCGCUAUAACCACAUGCGCAUCCCGGCCUCUUCGAGUCGCAUCCUGUACGAUGUUCCGUGUAAGGUGUGUCGAGAUCACAGCUCGGGAAAACACUACGGAAUCUACGCCUGUGACGGUUGUGCCGGUUUUUUCAAGCGAUCGAUUCGCCGCAGUCGUCAGUACGUCUGUAAAUCGAAGUCUGAAGCAGCCUGUGUGGUUGACAAAACCCACCGCAAUCAGUGUCGAGCUUGUCGGCUUAAGAAGUGUUUCGAAGUGGGCAUGAAUAAGGACGCGGUUCAACAUGAGCGUGGUCCCCGUAGCUCGACACUACGCAAGCAGAUGGCGCUAUUCAUCUCGAAGGAUUCGCCGUUGCGUCACGACAUGAUGCUAACGCCAGGUAUUCCGAUCCCGCACCAUCACCAUCAUCAUGCACACCACCACCAUCACCAUCAGCCACCUAUGGGGCUUGAUCUGUCGCUUGGACGCAAUCCUUUCUUAACACCGCCACCAUCAGUUCCUGCUGGAGGUCCUUUUCUGGGUGCAGCGGCAGCAGCAGCAGCAGUUGGUCAGCCACAAGGACCUCUGUCGCUUGUUGGACCACCACCUGGCGUGGCGGCAGGACUUUUCCCGGGCAUGCAAGCCACCCACCCACUGGUUGCUGUCGAUGCCCUACGUGAAUCAGCCGCCCAACUGCUUUUUAUGAACGUCAACUUCCUCAAGAGCCUAACGCCAUUCACUCAGCUCCCGAUGGCCGAUCAGCUCGUGCUGUUCGAAGAGUCCUGGCGCGAGUUCUUCAUCCUUGCGGUUGCGCAGUACCUCGCACCGAUCAACUUCAGUCAACUGCUGCUUGCGUACGAGUACCUUAACAACAACCGCGGCGAGGGCGGUCAAGUCAGCGAGUUCCUGCUGAAGGAAGUCGAGAUCUUCCAGGAGAUCCUGGCUCAGUUGGCCGCCUUGCGUGUCGACGCGAACGAGUACGUCUAUCUGCGCGCAAUCGCACUCUACAAGAGCGAGUUUGACGCCGAGACAAGCAUCUCAAGUGUCAGCAGCGACGGUUCGGAUGUAACUACGUCCGGUUCCUCCGCGGCGUCCGCGAAGUCAAUCGGCGAGAUUGCGACAGUACGAGCCCUCGAAGAAGGCGCUCGGGAAGCACUUGCGUCCUAUAUCAACACCUGCCGACCUGGCCCGACGAACCGUUACCGCAGCUUACUCCAACUACUGCCCGUUCUACGUAACGUCUCGAGCUACACCAUCGAGGAGCUGUUCUUCCGGCGUAACAUCGGACCAGCGCCACUACUUAAGCUCCUGCUCGAUUUCUACCGGCAGAAGUAG